AUGGACACCUUUUUUAAAAACCCACAUUUUUUUGUUCCUCUUAUAUUGCAGACUUUGAAACAAAAUACCGAAGUUCGUGAUGAUGAAUCCAAACAGGUAUGCAUCAAGAGGGAAAUGGGGACACAAACUCCAGAUAACAGGAGUCCACGUCGGGAACAUGUUCGCACGGGAUCCCUCAAGUCUUCCCACCAGACCCAGACCUGCAACCUAUUGGCACGUGGUCGGUUUGAUCGGCAAGACUCAUUGUCAUCCCACAGCAGUUCCAGCCAUGAGUACCAUGUCAAUGGGGAACAGCGACUCCGACGAAGGGGAAGCCAACCCACACAGUCAACCCAGCAAAUGGAUAGGUCACAGGACGUUGGUCUUCAAGGAAGACUGGUUCGUCGGGAUUCUUUCGAAAGGUCUGCAUCCCAACGGCUACGGGACUCUCCCCGCAUCCCAAGGGCACACAUUUCACAAAAAAGCAUGGAUAGCUGUGGGACGCAGACACCGACCCAAACGAGGCAUGGUAGUUAUCGCUGGCACGAGAGCCCAAGCAAGAUAGAUAACCACUCUUUUCACGGACGCCAAGGGAGCUAUGGAGAACAGGGAGUAAAUUACCGGUCUGAUACUUACAGCGCCAGCCCCCUUCAGACAAAAUCAGAAAUUUAUGGAUCAGAGACCAUUAUAGGACCUGAUCGCAGUAUUUAUGGAGGGGAUUAUUCAACUGGCAAGGAAGAGUUUAUUGCGUUCAGCCAGGACAUUGUUAACCAACAAGGGGACAUAAGUCCCAUUCCACACAAGCCCAAACCAAGGUCUUUCCCACGUACAAACCCAGCUUAUGUUGGGGUCCCCCGAAGAGAUGGACAAACUUCAUACAAAAAAAUUAAUGUUGACCAAACUACCCCAGCGUACGAUGUCCCUUAUCAACCUGAACCCAUAGUCAUGACUCUCCAGGGCUCUCAGACCAGUAACACCUACAGUGACCCAUACAGCUAUUGCCGGCAUGACCGCUCGGACAGUGAUACCUCGCAUUCCUCACACCGAGGCGGCUACCUCCACGAGCGCACAGACAGCCAGGCAUCGCACUCGUCGAGGAACCGCGACUUAUCGGAUAGCCAGUCAUCCCAAGGGUCACUGCGCAACAUGUCUGAUACACACUCAUCCCAGGGGUCUUUGCGCAAUAUGCAGGAUAGUGCAGUGUCGGUGCAGGACAGCAUCUCAUCGAAGGGUUCGUUGCAAAGUACCGAGCAAGAUUAUGCGUGCAUCCAUGAACGGUCAAGCAGCCAGCUGUCCCACCGAUCACUGAUCCAAUCUGAGCCAGAGUACGCAAACCUUCCAUUCAGUCCACACAAGUCUGAAUCACUUAUCACGUCGUCAUACGACCAGAACAACUUUAAGAAUAUUUUAAAAUCAAAAAAAGGUAGCACUGGCGAUUUCAAUGAGGCAUGUUUAGACAAUCGCACGGGCAGUAUACUACAGGAUUAUACUUACCAACAGUGCUUACCUGGUAGUCACCGAUCUCUCAUUACACAUAACUCAAGCUACCACUCUGAAAAUAUUCCUGACCAAGGCUUUGAGGAAUCUGAUACAAGCAGUGCGCUCUCUGGCUCUCCUAGACUGCAACCUCAUUCAGCACAGACCAAUUCUUCCAUUGAUACACAACAUGCUUCCUUGAAACGUAAGAAGGGUGAGAAACCUGAACCAGUGGCAUCACCUGUGUUAGAAAAAAGCCAAUCACUGCAGACUGAAUUGGCCCAACAGCGCCCUCUUUCCAUGGUGGUUGCAUCUCACAUAAUAGCUGAAAUUCCUUGCUCCAAUGUGCUGCAAGGUUUCUCAAUGAUGCCAGUUGUUUUCCUCUCUCUCUCUCUCUCUCUCUCUCUCUCUAGAGACACACAGUUCAGACUAGCUGUUACGUGCUUUUCAUGUUGCUAA